AUGAUACUUAUUGAUUCAGAUUCUGAUGAAGAAUUCGAGAUAGCGAGGCAACUUGUUUUGGAAGAAGAAGUGGCUUCUUACGAUCUAUGGAUUUGGCAUGCCUUUUUUGGGUUACCGGGGUCUCAUAAUGAUAUAAAUGUGCUUGAUAGAUCAUUUAUAUUUUCUAACCUUACUCAAGGGCUUACUCUGACUGUUAAUUACACUAUUAAUGGUUAUAACUAUGCAAUGGGGUACUAUCUUGUUGAUGACAUUUAUCCGCAAUGGGCAACAUUUGUUAAAACUAUCUCAACUCCACAAGGAAACAAGAAAAAAUAUUUUGCUGCAGCCCAAGAGUCUGCAAGAAAGGAUGUGGAGUGUGCUUUUGGUGUUCUUCAAGCACGAUUUGCUAUACUUUGUGGACCUGCAUGGUUUUUUCACAUUGAAAUAUUCAAUGAAAUUAUGAUGGCAUGCAUAAUUUUACAUAAUAUAAUCAUUGAAGAUGAACGGGCUGACAAUGGAGAAGAAGAGUUCGAAUAUGAACAGUUGCCAGAAACUACACAUGAUCCAAACACUUGA